AUGCAGAAGUUUCUAAUCGCAGCUGCAAUCGUGGGAUUCAGAGUCGCAACUGCGGCCAAAUUUGUCGCACAGAUCAGCGACACCAAAGCCGUGAGUGAGAUUCUAAGCCAAAAUUUCGAGCAAAUGAACGCAGACAGUGGCAUAGGUGCCAUCAAUCUUGGCAAGUCGUUUCAAGCCAUAUACGGAGACUUCCCAGAUUCCAUACUAGAGGCCAUGUACUACGACGGUCGUAUACUGGCCAUGUCCAUGGAUAGGAAUCUGACGGCUGCGGAAUACGUGGUGCAGGCAAAUGCACCACCUCAUUUGGCGCGUUUAUCGCAAAAAGCUCCUUUGCUCAAGACCGACACCACGUUCAUUUAUCACUCCAACGCCGGUAUUGGUGUUGAUGUGUAUCUCCUUGACACAGGUAUUGAUGGGAAAAGUCCUGCGUUUGAAGGCAGAGUUCAGAAAGUCGCCGAUUAUGCUACUGGUCCCGCUUUUGAAGGCGAUCCACAUGGACACGGAACUGCUGUUGCAGGUGUCAUUGGCUCGGCCCAAUUUGGAGUGGCAAAGAAAUGCAAUCUUUUCGAUGUGAGGAUCGCUGAUUCGGAUGGAACUGCAACUUUGAUAAGCACUCUCAGGGCUCUCGAACAUGUCACCAAGCUGGCCAGCGUCACUAAUAGACCAUCGCUAGUGGUGAUACCUUAUACAAUGGAGAAAAAUGUGGUUCUCAAUUCCGCCAUCGAAGCGGUCGUCCGUGAUCUUUCAGUUCCUGUAAUUGCAGCAGCCGGAAACACUAAUCAGAGUGCUUGUAGCAUUAGUCCUGCUAGUGCAUAUGGUGCAUUGACAAUUGGAUCCAUUGAUGUUACGAAAAAUGACCAGCUUGCUCCCUUCACGAAUCAUGGCGAAUGCGUCGACGUCUUUGCCGCUGGAAUGCGUGUUCCAAGUGUUGGAUUAGAUGCUUAUUCCGAAGUUCAAAGAAGCGGCACAUCUAUGAGCGCUGGAAUAGCAUCGGGUCUCGUGGCUUAUUUUAUGAGUCUCGGAUUCUAUGGAAUGGAAGCCGUGAAUAGAGUGAAAAGCCUAAGCGUUUCGGGAGUCAUUCCAAAUAUGGCUAAACAGCUGCCUUCGACUAGAAACUCUAUUUUACAGAAUAUGUAG